UUAGGAGCCUGAUGACAGUGACGAGUGGGACUUAUGUGGGGAAGUGAAACCAGAUGGGGUUGGUGGGGGAGGCAGGAUGGAAUAGGAAGGAGGGAUGCAAGGAUAGGGGCUGGGCCAGAGCAGGGCUGCGUGCUCCUCCCUCCGUCACCAGGGCAGAGCCCGGGUGCUGCCUGCCCCAGUCCCCUGCGGAGGCCUCGUUCCACCCAGCCACGCCCGACCCUUUCCGGCAGUCUUGGCCACCGCCCAUCCUUCCGUUCGGCAGGACCCCUGGAGCAGCACCUGGGCCAGGUUCCGACGAAGGCCUGCGGCGGCUUUCCCCGGGAAGAUGAACUGGAUGGCUGCGACAUGCUGGGCUUUGCUGCUGAGCGUGGCCUUCCUCUGUGACAGCAGCACAGCCAAGGGUGGGCGUGGAGGGGCCAGAGGCAGCGCCCGUGGAGGGCUGCGCGGUGGUGCACGAGGGACUUCAAGGGUAAGGGUGAGGCCUGCACCUCGCUACAGUGCUGCAGGCUCAUCCUUGCGAGUGGCUGCUGCAGGGGCAGCUGCAGGGGCGACUGCAGGUCUGGCGGCAGGCUCCGGCUGGAGAAGGGCCACGGGGCCGGGUGAACGCAGCCUGGAGUACGACGAGGACAUAGUGCCCGGUGGCAACGGGACCAGCAGGGGCGUCUACAGCUACUGGACCUGGACUUCAGGCGUGGGUCCCACGCAGGCUAUGCCCCUUGGCCUGCUGCUAGGCAGCGCCCUUGGCACCCUGGAGCUACAGCGGCCCUAGGUCCGGCUGGGCUAGGGGUCAGGCCCAGCCCCUAGCCUACACCAUCCCUGCAGGCCCCUCAGGUCUAUCUCAGAGCUUGGAGUGCCCCUUCUGCGGCCCAUCCUCCUUGAGCCUUGAGGGCUACCUGGGUGAUUCCCACCAGCGGGGACAGAAGCUGCAGCCUCUCCUACCUGUGUACACCUGGUCUACCUUCCCUCUCCAGCUUGUCUCAACCUCUUCAUCUCCUACCCUAAAAGGGGUCCCAAGGCCCCACCCACCCAGAAAGGCAGGCAGCCUGUGGCACCAUGCAGAUUGCCAGAACCACCCACAGGGAUGUACCAAGACCACAUAUUCAGGCCAGUCAUGCCCACUGCCUGCACUGGGCAUAAUGGUGUGGACAAUGCUGACCAAUGGGCAGAGGCCACCCUGAGAUGGGCCUGGUUCUGCCACUGAGGACUCAUAGCCAAGGGCUGCCCACAGAAGCAGCCGGAAUGGACCAAAGGAUCUCAGGAUUUGAGGAAAGAACACUCUCAGGCUGCAGUGUGAGAAAUGUCAGGUGCUAACCAACUGCCCAUCGCAAGUCCUAAGGAUUUUAUAGCUCAGGAACGUUCCAAACAGGAAAGCCAUCCAUCCCGGGAAUACCUAACAUGGUUCUCAUGGCUCCCGGAACAUGUCCUGUGAGGCCAAGGUAGCACGCCCCUCUUCUCGGCAGAGUCCUGGGAGACUUCUGCCAGGGAAAGGUCUCCUCCUUAGAGCCGCCUUGUUCUAAGAUCACCCUACUCUUAGGACUAGGAGGGAGGGGGACAUUCAAGAGCAUUACAUUCCUUUGAAAUUUAGGUGCACAUUUGAGAACUGCCAGUUGCCCCUAGAGAGCCCUCACUGUGCACAGGCCAAGCUAAAGGUUCCCCCCUUUCGGAUGGGGCAGCAGCAUCUCCCAGUGGUCAGAUGUUACACUGGAAACAGCUAGACCUGGCUGAAGAGGAGGGGCCUAGAUGAGCAUGUACCAGUGGCAGCUAAUGUUCUACUCAAAAAAUUAAUGAAGAGGCAACAGUUCAUCGGACCCAUGGCUACCUGUGGUCAUCAAGGCUGGCUGCGCAAGCACAGCCAGGUGUGACAGCAAGCCUGUGUCCCUCCAAGACUACGUGGGUAGCCUGGCCACUCAGGGAUAUCCUGAGCUGCCACCGAGAGCAGCCUCAAGGACACUAGGCAGUCCUAAAAAUGAUUUGCCUUUAGCUCCCACACACCUCGUACAUAAACUGGCUCACCAACAAAGUGCUUGUGAACCCAGCUCAGGGGGCUGCUGGAUCUGUCAAGUUCUCUAGCUCUAAUUACACAACCAGCUACCCAGGCUGGAUUGACUUUUCCAGGCCUGGGUGCCCCUCAGUGCUCUGAGACCCUCACCUGCAGCUGGGCUACCGUGGGACCCAUCCUUGUCCCCUGGACCAAGGAACAUGGGUUUAACCAGUAGCACAGUGCUAAGAUCAGCACGUUCCCUGCUGCCACAUGGCCAUGGAUCACCCUACUGGUUAGGGUGCAGGCUUUGAGGCCUUUAGAAAAACAAUGGCCAAGCUUUUAGGGUUAGGGGAGCAGUAAGUCACAAGACAGGGCUCCCUGCAGACUCUUGUCCACACUGCCACUGUUCUCAGGGCAAAACCAGCCUUGAUGCUCUUCUGUCAAGACCAAGCUUGAUGCCGCCAAGAAGACCAGCAUGCAAAGGUCUAGCCGGAUGCCGAGUGCUACUGUCCCACUGGCUAAGAGGUGCUGCCCACGCUGCAACCUUCAGAAGCUAAGCUGUGAUCCAGCAGCUUGCCAUGGAGUGGGGACCUUGGAGCACUACGGGGACAUGCAGUCCCUCAGUUCCACUACUCCCAACCCCUUGUCCAUGUUUGUGUACACAUGUGACAGUGAAGUGAUUGUGAAAUAAACCCUCUACUGGCAGCAGGACUCUUGCUCAUUGCAGGGUUACAGGGCAACUGAGUACCCCAAUCCCUAAUCUGCCCAUCUCCAGCUCCCAAUGGUGAGAGGAGCUUUAAUACAUGGGCCUAAGGUACUAUGGGUACACAAUGAAACAGCCAACAAGAAAUGGAACUUUUAACUUUUUGUUUUUGUUUUAAAACAGGGUCUUGCUAUGUAGUUCAGGCG